AUGCAACUAUGUCUAGUGGACCCUUGCCGCAUCCUGAUUCAAGACGUGGGCAUCAAUGGGGUUGUUAGCGAUGAACGAGGCGCGUACGGUCUGCGAUACAACGAUCAUGCACGAUAUCGGAAGCAUUGUGCAAACAAAGUGCACCGACUUCGACGAGGAUUAAAGAUCACUCAUGGUAAAGGAAGAGAGUUCAAAAAACUACCGGUCAUCUCUCCAGAGAACCUCAAGGAUGGCCAUCUUCAGCUUCGUUUGUUCGAAUCUGAGCGGGCUUAUUCUUUUGCUCAAGAGCUCUACGAACAAUUUACCAAAUCAGACGAUGCGAAGACUCGGAACAUCGCCAUGGGACGCUUUCGUCGUGCCGUCAAGUGGUCUGGACAGCUAUCAUCCGAUCUUCAAGCGCUUCGCGAGAUUCAACCACCUCGUGUUUCCUCCACAGGUCUUGCUGAAGCCGUCGCAUAUCAUCUAGCUAUUCGAGGGCGUCUGCUUCGUUUGCAAGACGAAUUUCAACCCGGACUCGAAGCCCUUGUUGCGGCAAGGACUCUAUUGGAUGCGCUCUCCAAAAGUGCCAGUUCUUCUCGAGAUCAUGCUAUCUAUGUUCAAUUUGCAGAUGAAAUUGCGCCAGAAAUUCGUCACUGUGCUCAUGAACUGGGGCUUGCUCGAGCAUACGACAUCGAUGGCAUUGUAUCGACCCUGGGGAGCAAAGUCGCAUCUGCUUUGAUUAAGGACUAUGAAAAUUUAUUGAAGGGAAUUCAGUCCGAAGGUGCGGAAAAGAAAGGCGGCGAUAAAGCAAAGCAAUUGCAAGAAAUCGUCUGGGAGGGCAAACCUGUUCCAGUGAGAAGCCCCGAGUUAGUGGACGCAUUGUUACGUGUGCAACAAGCCAGUGAUGGCUUGCCUGCUACCGGACAAACCAACAUCAAGCCAACUCAGACCCGAGGAUUAGUUACCAAGUUCGAUGGUGUCCUCUUGGCGCUCAGCGAAGCAGAGGAAGUAGCUAAAAAAUUGGCCGAUGCUCAAAAGACAGCCUCAACUCAGCCCUCUGAACCGGGUGCGCGCGACGCGCAUUUUAUCAGCUCCUUCGUUACCUAUCAACUUUUAUCCCGUCGAACCCAGCGCGACCUUCUUCUUGCAGAAGCCUUGCUCGCUACUCCCGUGCCUACGCCCGGAAAGCAAAACGAAACGCCACAGAAAAUCGACCAUCGAGUCGCACCAGCUGUGGUCAAGUUGCUCGACACGAUACUUCAGAGUCUGAACCAGAUGCGUUCUCUGAGCGUUGUUGACGAGAGUGCUGAUUUGACCAUGGCGGUUGAAGGGAGACUAUCCUAUACCAAAGCCAGGCGGGCACUUUUCUUGUCAAGGACCUACGAGCCACACAAUAAGUUCGCAGAGGCGGUUGCACUCACUCAGCGUGCGAAUCUUCAUCUGAGAGAGGCGCAUACAAACUUUAACGAUGUAGCGGAGGACACACCUGAAACUGCUUUCUACCCACUCACCCUGGACUCGGUUAAGGAGCUCGAAAAGGAUGUGCAAGAUACAGAGACGGACUUGAAAAAGCGCUGGUUCGCAUACAAUGGCGGAAAAGCGGUUGGAAACCAGCACCAAAAACCUGUGUUCUUUGAUAUUGCAUUGAACUACAUUGAAUUGCCGAUGGAGAAGCUUCAAGAAAAGGCUGGGGUUGCACCAAAGGCGCAGCCUGCCAAGGCUAGUCCCGUCGUUGAAAAACGGGUGUUCGCAGAGAGAAAGGCUGCCGAACCAGAGGCAGAAGAACCUGCUCCCGCUCCUCAGCAGUCACAAGGAAUGCUCGGAUCGCUUCUGGGUGGAUGGUGGGGACGCAAGUGA